AUGGCAUGCGGCGGCAGCCUGUUCAGUAGGGCGCUCGGCUACGUCGUCAACCAGUUCCUCGUCGAGGGCCUCGCCAACAACCGUGCCUUCCAGAGGUUUGCUGUGAGGACCAACAGGACUUUCGAGAAUCUUUCGUCUAAAGCUAAAGAAGUGAAGCAGGAUGUAUCAGAGAAAUGGAGGGAUGUUUGUGGACAAGAUGAUCAUUUCAGGCAGUGA